AUGAUGAAAGAAUCAGACGACGAUUCAUCUUCUGAAGAGAGACCCCUUACACUCCCUAGUAAGUUGCAUUCUUUGCAGGGCCAAAAAAUGCAAAGAGAGUCUUCAACUACCGCCCCAUUAACUCAUCAAACGUUAUCUAAUAUGCAAAGAAAUGGAGGUGCUCGUCAAGUAGAGGAAUACUCACCAGAACCAUCUACCGCCACUGCAGCAAGAGGGUAUCGUCGAAUGUCUCAGAAUAGACAAUCAUUUUCUGAUUCAAAUCAAUACCUCCAACAACUGCAACAAUUGCAGCAACCACUUCUUCAUCGUCUCUUUAGCUCUCAUUAUGUCCUGGUGACAAACCCAGGUAAUUCUGAUCAACAUCAUAGUAUCACUCAGAGUACGUCAAGCUUACAUCUUUCCCAACCUUCAACCAGACAUUCAAUUUCAGAUGCAGAGCAAGGUACAGAAGAUGAAGAAAGUCAACAUCGGGCAAGUAUCUUAAACAAUAUGAGACCAGUGAAACUUAUUGGGUCUUAUAAACCAGUAGCAACUUGGCUGGAUCUACACCAUGAUACGAAAAACAUCAAGGAUAAAAAAUUACGUAAAUUUUACGAUAAUCAAAAUGCUUUACUUGAAAGAUUCCAAGAAAUUGAUAAUUUUCUUGAUGCUGGGAAAAUUCAUUUCAAUAUGUUAUCCAAUUAUCAAGCCAAUUCGGAUCAAGCAGCAUUGAAGGCAAAUGGAAAGUUAAAUGGAAAUUCCAACUCUUUAGAUCCAACUGAGCCCCUUCUUGGAUCUAAUCUUGUUCAAAACGAUAGUUAUAAUUCAAUUAAUUCCAAGACUUCCAGACACAAUGUUGUUCCUGGAGAUGUGGAGAAUGAAGGAGCCCAAUUCUUGGGUUAUAACCACGAGGAGGAUUCACAAGAUGUCCUUAUAGCCAUUCUAGUGAACUUCUUUAUCAACUUCAUUCUCCUUAUUGGGAAGCUUAUUGUUACGAUUAUGACCAAUUCUAUGUCUGUUGUUGCAUCAUUGGUCGAUUCCCUUUUGGAUUUUCUUUCCACAUUCAUCAUUUAUAUUGCCAAUCGGUUAUCCAACACCAAGAGUUGGAAAAGUGAACAUGCUUAUCCUGUUGGAAGAUCUAGAUUAGAACCUUUGGGGAUCUUGGUCUUUUCCAUUAUUAUUAUCAUUCUGUUCGUACAAGUUGGACAGGAAUCAUUUAAAAGAUUGAUAUUUUCUACACCAGAGUCAAGAAUCCCAGUACAAAUCGGAUUCAGUGCUAUGGCUAUUAUGAUUUUAACAAUUGGUAGUAAAAUUGGGUGUUGGAUUUGGUGUUCUCUGAGCAAAUCAAGUUCUGUUCAGGCCCUUGCACAAGAUGCUAUGACUGACAUUGUUUUCAAUACUGUAUCUCUUUUGAUGCCUACAAUUGGUUAUUACUUUGACAUUUGGUGGUUAGAUUCAGCUGGUGCUUUAGUACUUUCUAUUUAUAUAGUCAUAUCAUGGUCAAUGACUGGUUUCGAACAUAUCGAUAAUUUGACUGGAGCUGUGGCAGAUCCUUUGGAUUACCAAGUUAUUCUUUACUUGGCAUAUCGAUUUGCAGAAUCUAUCAAACAAAUCACUGCUCUUAAAGUUUAUCAUGUCGGUGAUAACUUAAAUGUGGAGAUUGACUUGGUAUUUGCAGAUGAAGAGUUUGAUCUCUCUAUUAGAGAUUGUCAUGAUAUUGCAGAGGCUUUACAAUAUGCCAUUGAAACAUUACCCAUGGUUGAACGUGCAUUUGUACAUAUUGAUUACAUGGAAGGGAACUUUAAAGGUCAUUUACAUUGA